UCUACACAACUCAAUUGAAUUCACACAACCAACGUUCCCCCUCUGAUGCUCUUAACCGCUCAUUCACCUCCAAGACUCCGAAUAAACACAAAACAAUGUCCCUCGACUCCCAAAACCCCUUCAACACCUCCGACCCUCACGCCCGCUUCGUCAACACCUCCAGUCUCGACCUCCUCCUAAUCGAAAUCGUCCCCAUGGCCGAACGAAUAACCCACGACCUCCUCCUCCCUUCACCCUCGACCGACGGCACAACAACAAUCACAAAAAUAGAAGAUGACGAAUUACGAGAAGCUACAUUCUAUCGUCUUGAGAUGCUGGGGUAUAGAGUUGGACAGGGUCUUGCGGAGCGAUUCUCGCGCGAUCGACCCCGGUUCACGGACAAUCUGGACGUGAUAAAAUUCAUAUGCAAGGAUUUAUGGACAAUUCUGUUUAGGAAACAGGUUGAUAAUCUCAAGACCAAUCAUAGGGGUGUUUAUGUCCUCUCGGAUAAUGCGUUUCGACCCUUGACGAGAAUGAGUAUGGCGGUUAGAAGUGAGGCUGUUGCUCGCGCGGAGGCUUUUCUGUGGUUUCCAUGUGGUCUUAUUAGGGGUUGUUUGGCGAGUUUGGGGAUUGAUGCUACGGUGCAAGCCGAGACGUCGGAACUACCUGGGGCUACUUUUCAGAUUAAGAGUAAUCAGACAAAGACGUGAACUAUGCUCUAUGUCCAUGCUUAAAUCAGAGUACAGUCUACGUACGUGCAAACGGUCUACUUGGAAGAAGAUCAUUCAAACUGGCAAUUUAUUGAUACGCCAGAACCGGCUAUCGAAUUCUCGUGUCUAACUGUAAGACAGCGAGUCACCGGCUUUGCUUCAUAAUAUUGGGAGUCAUAUAUCUCCAUCACGUCAUAUCAUGUAUCACAAUCUAUCUUUCAUGACAAACAAGUUAGCAAUGUCCUUAAAUUGCAUUGGAAGCCAGCUCGUUAAACAAUUUGUUGCGAAACAAGGAUGUUCAAUAGACUGACUUGCUACUAGUCAUGGGUGGCACUGGAGUUUACUUUGGUGGGGUGUUCUUGACGAAGUCAAUGCCCUUUUCAAUAUUGGUCUUGAGACCCUUGAC